CGACGCCGUGGUCACGCAAGUGGCCAGUGCCUUGGAUAGUCGAGUGGCCGGUAUCUUGGACAGACAAGUGGUCGGUGCCUUGGAUACUCAAGUGGCCAGUGCCUUGGACACACAAACGGCCAGCACCUUGGACGAGCAAGUGGCCAACGCCGUGGACACGCAAGUGGCCAGUGCCAUGGACAUGCAAGCCGUCAAUGCCAUGGAUUUCGGGGAGUUCAUCGAGGUUUUCGGGAACGUGGUGGAGAGGUGUCCCCUCGUGGCGGCCGCCGUCUGGGGGCAGCGCCCCUUCUCCAGCCCCGCAGAUUUCCAGAGGUCCCUGGGCGACUUUAUCGACUCCCUGCCCCGCUCAGGACAGGAGGGGAUCCUGCGCUGCCACCCGGACCUGGCCGGCCCGGAGCUGCAGAGGGGGACGCUGACCCAAGAGUCGCAGAAGGAGCAGGGUCAGGCGGGCCUGACGGCCCUGCAGCCCGAGGAGAGGCGUCGACUGGCCGAGCUCAACGCUCAGUACAGAGCACGUUUCGGCUUCCCCUUCGUCAUGGCCGCGCGGCUCAGCGAUAAGGCCACCGUGCUGCGGGAGCUCGCCCGCCGAGCUCGCCAGUCGCCCACCCAGGAGCUGGCCACCGCCCUGGACGAGGUGAAGAAGAUUUGUCGCCUCCGCCUCGAGGAUAUCUUCGCCGACCCCGCCAAGCUGUGAGGGCUUGACCCGUCCUUCCCCAACCGGCACGAAGUCCUGACCAGCCGGGAGCAGCAGGGCCUAGUGGCAAGAACCCGGGCUUGGGAGUCAGAGGUCGUGGGUUCUAAUCAAGCCUCCAUCACU